AUCGGCGCACAUGCAACUCUACGUCAUCCAGAGACGACGGAAAUUGCUGCAAGUGCUCAUGGCAGUAGGAGUAGUAUUGCGGUAAAUCAGUUUUAUAAGCCUUACAGUGGGACUAUUUAACAUUGACCUAUUACUGUCAAACCCGUAACCAUUGGUCUGCUAGUGUUGUCUGUAAUAUGAGCAAAUACAUUCUCCCCGUGUCAGUGUUUGGCACGGCGUUUGGCUGUGCGGUUCUCCUUCAGAAUUAUGUUACUGGGGGUCCAUGUCCAUCUAAAGCCAAGAUCCCUGGGAAGACCAUUGUCAUCACAGGUGCUAACACAGGCAUUGGCAAGGAGACUGCCCGGGAGUUGGCCAGGAGAGGUGGCAGGAUUAUUAUGGGAUGUCGUGACAUGGAGAAGUGUGAAGCAGCAGCUCGUGAGAUCAGAGGAAAGACACUGAACAAACAUGUGUAUGCCAGACACAUUGACCUCGCCUCCAUCAAAUCUAUAAAGGCUUUUGUCCAAAAGAUCAAGGAGGAGGAGGAACAUGUGGAUGUGUUAAUAAAUAAUGCAGGAGUAAUGCGCUGUCCGGCAUGGAAGACAGAAGAUGGAUUUGACAUGCAGUUUGGGGUCAACUAUCUCGGUCACUUCCUGUUGACCAAUCUCCUACUGGAUAAGCUGAAAGCAUCCACCCCUAGCAGGAUCAUUAACCUGUCAUCUGUGGCUCAUGUCACUGGGGAGGUGGACUUCGAUGACCUGAACUGGGACCGCCGAAAGUUUGACACGAGGAAAGCAUACAGCCAGAGCAAACUUGCUAUUGUACUCUUCACACGAGAGCUUGCUAAGAGAUUAGAGGGUACUGGUGUUACUGUCAAUGUCUUACAUCCAGGAGUAGUUGGCACAGACUUGGGGAGACACACCGGCAUGCACCAGUCACAGCUUUCCAGCACAGUGCUUUCACCGUUUUUCUACUUGUUUGUGAAGUCUCCCACACUUGGGGCUCAGUCUAGUGUCUACCUAGCCGUUGCUAAGGAGUUGGAGGGUAUUUCUGGCCGUUACUAUGAUGUGAUGACUGAGAAGGAUCCGGCCCCACAGGCACUUGAUGAGAGAAUGUCUGAGCGACUGUGGAAUGCCAGUGUCGCACUGCUGGGACUCAAUGGACAAACAGUCUCACAUGCACAUCCUACGUCUCAGAGUGCCAUAGCAACAGUGUCUCCUGAACUCACUGGGAAUCCAGUCUUUACCACCACAACAUCUGAGCCAGUCAAAUCGACAUGUUUGGACAAGCCCUAAUCCAGUUUGAACUCAGGAGCAUUCUCACAUUGUGGAAAUGUACUACACAUAUCACACCAAAAUAAAUAUGGUCUUCAUCAUCACUAUAUGUUAAUUCUAAGUCAAACCCUCCAUAAGGGCUUACUAUAGGUGCAGUCUGUAACUCUAAUCAAAUACACUUUUUGUCAAAUUCAGGGAAUUCAUCUUCUUUAAGAUGAAUGUGUGAAUCAAUGUAAUAUCCUGGAGGCUAAAAUCAACAUUUUUGCUAGGCUGUAGAGAGAUUGUGAUUUUUUAACCAUCUUACCAAACUCCACUGCAAAUUGUUUAUCCUGGAAUGUCUUAAUUAUGACUGCUGCUGCUGAAAUUUGACAUGCCGUAUCACUGGCACAGUAUUUGCAUUGCACACACCAUUUAUUACAAUUACACCAAUAGGGGGCACUGCAACUUUCAUAUUUUAAUACCUGCUUGGUGUCCUAUGAUCACUGUUUGUGGUGUAGGUGCUCUAAACACACACAAACACUCACACUCAAGCACAUACAUGCAUGCAGACACUCACACUCACACAAAUAUUAAGAUGCACACACAGGCACACAAAUGUUUGUAGACAUUCACACACACAGGGAAUUGUCUUACUGAAUCACUGCAUGUGAAAACUCACACAUACACCUAGGCACAGACCCAGGUAAACACAAACUGGCAAAAAUCUAGACAUACCACUGCAUAAUGGCAGUAGUAUACUUCUUCAUUGCAGAUUGACUUUCAUUUGUCUUUGUCUGUUUUUAUAGACCUGUCUUAAUGAGGUACUGCAUGCCUCGUUGUUGUGACCUUUUCUAGACAAUGUGAGGAUGUGAUGUGGUGGUUUUAGAACAUGUAUAUUUUUGUACAAGACUUGGACAUGGACAUGGUAUGCGGUUGCCUAAAUCUAUUUUUUUGUAAUUUUCUGACCUUAACAAAACAGAUCAGACCCAUGUUUUAUGUAAUAUGAUAGACAUUUUCAAACCACUCAGUAGCUUAUUUACCUGGGACAACGUCUAAUAUGUUUUUUGUAGAUUUCCAAACAAUGGGCUGGAUAGCAGUUAAUUGGGCCAACAGAGGCAGUAGUCACCUGAAUUUCACAACUUGGGGUGAACGGCAUUACAAAUAACAUCACAUGAACUUAUGAAUUCUUAAUAUAAGGAUUAAUUUCAUAUUCAUGUGAGGAAAGGACAAUAUCUAGAUAUGGAGGCUUAAGUCAUCUUUAUUGAUCAGUUUGCAAGGGAAAGGGCUUUUCAUUCAUUCUCACUGCCUCACCACACUGGGAGCAGUGUAGUAUUGCCAUGCACAAUACCACCUGAGGCAGGUGGAGUUAACUGCCUAGCUUAAGCAAUAAUGUAGUGGUCAUUACACAAAUUACCACUUACAUUACACAAAAAGUAUUUAGGUCAGCUCUGUGUUUAGAUUAGGCAACAUAACUCAAGGUAUUGGAAUAACAAACUAUGAGUUAUUGGAAAAUGCUAAGACUUUACAGAGUUUGACCUGAGGUAAAAAUAGCAAGAGUGGGGAACUUAAUUUCAGAUCUUGAUACAAUCCUUCCUGAUAAGUUUCAAAA